UCAAUUCUCUCUCUCUAGAAAUGGCAUUCAGUGUCCAAAAGCUUUCAAUCCCUUAUGUUGGGGAAGUGGUAGUACCAAACCUUGAGCCUGUGAAUUUGAACACAAACCUAAAUUUUAGAAGUAAAUCUUGUACAAAGACACUAAGUACUGUGCCCAUGGAGACUACUCCGACUCCGACCACCGGAAAGUUUGGAAGGUUUGGGGGGAAGUUUGUCGGCGAAGUCCUCAUCGCUCCAUUAGCCGAACUCGAAGCUAAGUUCAACUCACUUUUGCAUGAUCAAGAGUUUAAGAUGGAACUAGCCACUGCACUGAAGGAUUACGUAGGACGCGAAACUCCUCUCUACCAUGCCCAAAAGCUCACAGAUCAUUACAAGAACAUCAAUGGAGAAGGGCCCGAAAUCUAUCUCAAAAGAGAGGAUCUCAACCAUGGAGGAUCUUACAAGAUGAACAAUGUCAUCGCACAAGCAAUUUUGGCCAAACGUAUGGGUCGAAAAAGCGUUAUAACAGCCACAAGCGCCGACCGCCAUGGUGUCGCAACGGCUGCGGUGUGCGCCAAGUUCUCGUUAGAUUGUACCAUUUUCAUGGGAACCCGAGACAUGAGGCGAAAACCCUCCAACUUGCAACUCAUGAAGCUGCUUGGAGCUAGGGUUAAGCUUGUGGAUGGAAGUUUUCAGGCAGCAGCUUCAGAAUCAAUGAGGGAAUGGCUAGGAAACCUAGAAACCGAAUACUACCUUUCUGGAACGGCUGUGGGACCGCACCCAAUCCCGACCAUGGUUCGUGAAUUCAAUUCGAUUAUCGGACAAGAAACAAGAAAGCAAGCAAUGGAGAAAUGGGGUGGGAAACCAGAUGUGUUGGUUGCUUGUGUAGGGAGUGGUUGCAAUGCAUUAGGUCUGUUUCAUGAGUUCAUGAGUGACGAAAGUGUAAGGAUGAUUGGAGUUGAGGGUGGUGGUGGGGAUGAGUUGCAUUGUGCAAGUCUUGUAAGAGGUGAAAUUGGUGUUUAUCAUGGAGCCAUGUGUUAUUUGCUUCAAGAUGAACAAGGCCAUAUCACAACGACACACUCUGUGGCUAGUGGAUUGGAGUACCCAGGAGUAAGCCCAGAGCUAAGCUUUCUAAAAGAUGCUGGCAGAGUUGAGUGCUACAGAGUCACUGAUCAAGAAGCUCUAGAUGCAUACAAAAGACUAUGUUGUCUUGAAGGUAUAAUUCCAGCACUGGAAGCCUCUCAUGCGUUGGCGUAUCUCGAAAAGCUUUGCCCUACACUGCCUCGUGGCACCAAGGUUGUGGUUAACUGUUGUGGCUCCGGGUACAACGACGCCCCCAUAGUCUUGAACGACAUGCCUUAAUUAACCCGAUCGACGUAGAUGCAUAUUUGGUUUGCUUAAUCAUAAUAGAUGGUAAGAGUAUUAACCCAAAGAUGAGUGUUAUUAAAGGGGUAUUAUUAGGAUGGUUGCAAUCAUUUGGCUAUGCUUUGUUUUGGGAGUUUCUUAUGUUUUCUAUUUGUUUCAUGUAAUUACUUGAGCAUACUUGUAAUCUACAAUAGAAGUUUAAUAUAACUUCAUUAUAAACAAGAAAAUUUGAAAUUUAUAUUAGAAC